AUGCAAACCAUUGAAGAUGGUUCUCAGUUUCGAUCGAUCGUAAUCGGAAAAGAUGUCGAAGUACGAGAUGUGGUGGUGGGGAAGUUAAGGCUGAAGGGGAAGGCCUUGGGCGUAAGAGGAGAUGGAAUCAGGAAGAAAAAGAAGUCGAAGAAGCAGUUUAACAAUUUUUCUCAAGCUGUGAGAGAAGACAGAUCUCUCAUCAGAUUGUUAGGAAUGAACGCUACUUCUUUGGUUGAUUGUUCUAAAGAGAACAUGAACAUGAACGAUAUGCUAACACCUACGGAGAGGUGAUAUCUUCAGCAAUGAGAGAAGAUUGAUGUUCAAAGAAUAGCGAAGAUGGCCAGAAAAUCUCAUCGGGAUCAGAUUCACGAAUUCAAUCAAUAUCUUACCAGUCUGAAUGAACACUAUAAUAUUCCUAAAGUCGGGCCCGGCUAA